AUGAAGGUGUUCCUUGCAGCUCUGCUUUUGAUCACGCUGCGGCAUUCUUGUGCUCUGAGUCCUGCUGAUUGUGAAGAGACUAAGCCAGUAGCUGAGAAAGUUCUAGACCUGGUCAAUAAAGGGCGACGGGAUGGCUACCUUUUCCAGUUGCUGCGGGUCACUGAUGCUCACUUGGACAAAGUGGAAUCUGCAGAUGUCUACUAUUUAGUCCUAGAUGUGAAAGAAUCUGACUGUUCAGUCCUGUCCAGGAAACACUGGAAUGACUGUGAGCCAGCUGCUUCUAAGAGUCCAUCACACACGGUGAUCGGGCAAUGUAAGGUGAUAGCUACAAUGCGUUCAAAGAAAUCUCAGGAUCUUCGAGUGAAUGACUUUAAUUGCACCACAAGUUCUGUCUCUUCGGCACUGGCCGAUACCAAAGACAGUCCUGUGCUCGUGGAUUUCUUUGAGGAUACUGAGCCCUACAGAAAACAAGCCAAUGAAGCCCUUGAGAAAUAUAAAACAGAGAAUGGUGAUGAUUUCACCUCUUUCAGGGUGGACCAGGUAGAAAGAGUUGCAAGAGUGAGAGGAGGGGAAAGAACCAAUUACUAUGUGGACUUCUCCGCAAGGAACUGCUCCAGGCACGAUUUUUACAGACCCUCUAAUGUUUUUGGAUUCUGCAGAGCAGUUUUUUCAUAUGAAGCAGAAGCCUCUGACUUGGAAAGCCCAGAAGAUCUUGUUGUACACUGUGACAUCUUCUAUCCUGAGGAACAUAGAUGCUUCAGUGGUGGGCAGCACCAUUUGGACCAUCCGUUCCACUCUGGUGGGCAUUGGCAUCCUCUUGCAGGCAGACCUCCAUUUAAGCCUCAUGGAUCCGGAGAUCACCAUCACCCCCAUAAGUCACAUGAAUCUGAACAUCCAUCUCCCCUAGAAGACAAAAAUCAUCCAGCUAGUGGAGGUCCUCCACUAUUGCCUCCUUUAGGGUCAAGAUUUCAUCAAAGUAAUUACACCUUUUUCCGCCACAGUGAGACCCACAGACCCUCUCAUAAUCAUAAUUCCAGUGAGUGCCAACCCCAUGGACCCCCUCCCCAUGGACCCCCUCCCCAUGGACCCCCUCCCCAUGGGCACCCUCCCCAUGGACCUCCUCCCCAUGGACCCCCUCCCCAUGGACCCCCUCCCCAUGGACCCCCUCCCCAUGGACCCCCUCCCCAUGGACACCCUCCCCAUGGACCCCCUCCNCAUGGGCACCCUCCCCAUGGACCCCCUCCCCAUGGGCACCCUCCCCAUGGGCAUCCUCCCCAUGGACACCCUCCCCAUGGGCACCCUCCCCAUGGGCACCCUCCCCAUGGACAUCGUCGUCAUGGUGAUCAUUUCCAUGACCAUAGACCCUGUGACCCACCACCCUAUAACAAAAGUACCCGUGAUCACCAUCACCCUGACCCACCACCUAGGCAUUCGAAAGAAAGAGGCCCAGGUAAAAAACACUUUAUCUCCCAAUGGAGACCAAUUAGAUAUGUUUACCGACUCCCCCCACUAAACAAAGGUGAAUUUCUUCCUCUUCCUGAAGCCAAUUUUCCCAGGUGGUCACUGCCAAACCAAAACAAUCCUCUAAAGCCAGAGAUUCAAUCCUUUCCUCAAUCAGCCUCUGAAUCAUGUCCAGAGAAGUUCAGUAAUGAGUUUCUACAUCUCUUAAAGUUUUUUGAAUAUACAAAUCGAAAAUAA